UUAAAGUUUCUCAUUACUCACCGUCUUUCCAGGAGCAACAAAAACAAGCUGGGACAGAAUCCGUUUCUGCUUUCACCUCAACACGUAUUUAUUUUACCGAGUACUAGCUAUAUGAUUUCCGUCGUGUUCAAGGCUUUAAACCCAGAAAGAUGCCGCAGAAAACACUGGGAUCCGUUGUAGGUCUGCUUUGUGCUGGAGCCUGUCUGGUGCAGGCAAAGGAGUUUUGUUUUGGGGUAAAUAAUGAGCAGUAUCGCUGUGAGAUGGGUUACUGCUGUGGGGAGACAGAAUGUUGCACCUACUACUAUGAACUUUGGUGGUUCUGGCUGGUUUGGACCCUGAUUAUCAUGCUCAGCUGUUGCUGUGCAUACCGUCACAGAAGAGUAAAGAUGCGUUUGCAGCAAGAGCAACGUCAGCGAGAAAUCAGCCUGAUGGCCUACCAGGGAGCCUCCAGCUCCUUUAUUUCUCCCCCUCCACUUAAUUUGAGGUUUUGGAAUGACUGCAAACUUCCCGACUAUGAAGAAGUGGUAGGCCACCCACCGACACCACCACCUCCGUAUUCAGAGAACCCUCCAGAUAUUGCUCCCCCUGCUGCACAGGUGAUUUCUUCUCAGUCACAGGUAAACUCCGAAGCAGACAGCACAGAGGGUACAGAGGCCUCAGGCACUAUGUCACACCAGGGAGCAGUGUCGAUGCCAGUCCAACCCUGCCUGCCUGUAGAGAGUGGAGAUGAGGAGGAAGAUGAGGAGCUCAACACUCGUCGUCGCCAUAUUACAGGUGAUUCAGGGAUUGAGGUGUGUGUCUGUCAAGUGGAUGCUGAUGAGGACAGUGAUGGAGAGCACCGCAUGUGUAUGGCCACAAGUGGGGACUACUGCUCCGCCCGACAGCAGCAGCCUUUUAUACCGAAAGAGCAUACUGCUGAGGUAACAGGCCAGAAUGCAAACACCAGUUCUGCUGAUCACAUGGUGUGAACUAAGGUUUUACCCCCUAACCAGCAUACUGAUGUGGCUGUCUGGUUUUGUAGACGGGCAAGCUGCAGCCAUCUUUAUUAACACGGGGAAUGUCUGUUAUAUUUUUAACACGUCAACAUUAGGUUUGUGUUGAGUGGCGUUAAGCUUUAAGGAAGACAAAAACAGGAGGGAAGGUGAUCUUUCAAGAUACUGUUUUGCCUUUAGCCAGUGUGAAAUCUUUCAAAGCAAUUAAUGCUCUGCUUUUUGGUUUCAUUGACAUUCUUUUAAAGUAAAGGGGAACGACCCUGUUUUGCUCCCUCCCUCUCUAUAAAAACCGUGUUUCAGUGAACGUGUUGCUCCUCUUGACCCGAAACAUUUCUAUACAGAGCUGCCUGACGUGGGUCAGCCACAUUUCUCCCUAGUUUCUUCUACAACUUACCAAAGGGAGUCCUAAAGAAGAAAGGAAGACCCUGGAUAAACAAACAAGUGUCCACUUCUUCCCAUCAGACUUUGCAUGAGAGCUUGCAGUAUGUGUGGCCUGUGGAAUCUGGGGCACAGCUGCAUAGUGAUGUCAGCUCUGAGGUCAUGGUAACCAGCAUCUGGUGUGAAGCCCAUGGGGGCGUCCCAAAUGGAGCAAAUCCAGUUAUCCCCAGAUUGUAUGGAAAAAAUUAAUCUUGUUAAUUAGUCUUUUUUUCAUUUUAGUAUCUUAAAGUUUGUAGUUUUUUAAAAUAUCAGACUUACUCAUAUUGAACAUGUGUUCAACAAUGAGCAUGAGUGUUUGAGUGGUUUGCUUACAUAAUUUAUGGAUUGACUACAUGGGACUUCUGCAGUGUACCCAUGUGUCAUUAAAAAUAACAGAUGGAAGGGCAUAGCCAGCCACCAAAAUCUAAUCAAUAAAAAGCUUUGUGGUGGCUAUGGUAUGAUUGUUGAUUUGUGCUGCCAGUUGCUUAAGUUUAAAGAAGCACGUUUUUAUAUGUAACCAAUUGUGCUUUAGUCAGUGUCACAGGUUUUUUCUUCAAAGUUUCUCUGAAUAAUCCGAGUUAAUAAUGUUGAAAAUAGUGAGUAAAACAGAUUUUAGAGUUGUGGUCUAAGAAAUUAUCAUUUACAUACACUGCUUUCUGCAUUAGUUCAUUGACUGAGUAUUUUAAUUUUUCAAAUGCAGAUGGUUGGCCAGACAGGCAUCUGAUAAUUGCGUGCUUGGCUCUCUGGCCAUCACUGAGAGCAUGUGUAAUUUGCAGUGUUAGUUUCCAUAAGCUGCAGAGCAUGGCUGCUUUUAAACAUGAUGUGAAGUCUGUUUUGGUCCAGCUUUAGGCUCUCUGGCUACCUUAUUUGUGUUUCUAAAAAUAUAAAUAUAUUCUACAUCCAUAAAAAAUAAAUGCUAUUGGAUAUAAAUUGUGAAUAGAUGGCCUGAAAACCACUAAAUGACUCCCAGUAGAGAAUUUCUUGACAUUUUACAUAAUCAUACAAUGCAUGGUUUUUUAAAUUCUCAUUUCAUAUGAAUCAAUUUAAGGCAAUAAGAAGAAUUUCAGGUUUCUCUGUGGAAUUCUUUGAAGCAGUAAACCUCCCUUAUUGAGUAUAUCUCACUUCAGUGAAAUAACAUGAGAAGCGAGUUGGCCCCUUGAGACAGAUUUUAUGACUCCAACAUGCCACAGUCACUACACUUCUGUUUUGCUAUCUAUUUCACUGAUACAGUAAAGGCUCAUGUGACAGGGGUAUUUGAAUGCAUGUAAAUUGUGAAAAAUAAGAUGGAAGACAAGAUGGACAUAAAGCAGAAUAAAGAACAAAUGCCUUGCGUAACUGCAACAUAAACCCAAUGAUACAAAUGGAAGAUGGACUUUUUUUUUUUUUACUGUAACUGUACAGAGCUCUUUUUUUUAUUGAAAGUGAAAUGCUUUUUGCUUAGGCGGGUGACUUCAAACAUUUUCAAAUCACAUGAGUUAAAGUUUCACUUUGCGUAAGGUAAAAUUGAAAUGUGUUUGUAUUCUUGAUCAGGCGCAGAAGUUUUAGUGUUUUAUUGCUUUGUAUUUGAUUGUUACGUUUUAUGACAUCAGCAUGUACACAUGGAAUGAAUCAUCGCUUUCUGCAUUUUUUCAUAAAAUUCUCAGUAUUUUUAUUUUAUCCAAGAAGAUGGAUGGUUGUGCUGCACUGGAGAUACAUAGUUACUCUUGAUUGCAUAAUUUCUACAAAUGUAUAUGUUUACCCAGAACAAGGGCUAUAACAUCCACUUAUGUACCUUAUGUACUCAUCAUUUUAAUGUGUUUUAAUUAAAAGCCACCAGAGAUUGACUCAAUCGUCAGCAAGUUUGUAUCUCCUCUCAAUGUUCAACUUAUGUUUUUAUAUGUGUUUUAUUGGAUUUCGGGUCCCAGACAGAGUACAUGUAUGUUGUUGCCUCACACUUGUGAGGAUAUAAGCCUCAGAGGGCACAAAGCAUUUAAUUUCCACACUGUAUAUUGUUCUCACCAGCGUGUCCUUUUCAUGUGCAUGUCUUGUUUUCCCAUGCUCAGGGAUAUUCAAAACAAGGAGUGCUAGAGUUGGACCAUUUUUAACAUAUUGUGAUAAGCCAAAGGAGAUCUGUCAUAGUCUGGAUCUGUAUGAACCUCUUAUUGCAUUUUCACCUUUUCUUACCCUAGGCUAUGCAAAAACAUAACAUGACUGUUAUAUGCUGCACCCUUUUCUGUUUUCCUGAGUACCAGUACUAGCAAAAUAAACCCUGUACUUGUGACACUGCGCUGUACUGUAAUCUACUACGAUGUGUAUGUACUUUGUGUAAGCAAAAUGUAAGGCGGAUAUGUGUGUGUUCUGGAGCUUUAUGAUGUGACUGCAAUUUCCAUAUUUUACCAUGAGAAACUCUUUGUAUCCACCAUCAUAAUAAUGGCAUGUUUGUAUUCAGAUUGUUUAAAUUUUAGAUGCGUAGUAAAGAUUGUGAUGAUUUAGUUAACUUACAUGGUGUUCCAUGUGUAGACAUUUGGCACACAUUGCGUUUUGAGUGUUUUUGGUCUUCAGUUAUUAUUAAACAGAAUGAAUGUUGCCUUUAAUCACCAGUUAUUCCAUCACUAAUACAUUGUAUGUAUAGUAUACAUAUGAAUGACCUCAACCUGGAACACAGACGGCAUAUGUUAAAACUGUUGCUCGCACCAUGACACAAUCUAUAUUAUUACUUUUUAACAUUUCAUGUGCCAUGGUUUCCCUUUGUUUUGCCAAUAUAAAAUACUGUGGCUAAAGUGUCAGUAGACCGACCUGCUCUCUAGUUAUUUUAAAUCUGCAAGCAAAUCUAAAAUUAGUAAGUUGGAAACGCACUGAAUAAGACAUGCUUUGUUACAAGCAAGUCUACUGUGUACUCUUUAGGUCAUCAUUUGUAUUUUAUUUUUUUAAUAAAAAACUUGAACUUUAA